CGAGGCUGGUGGCUCAGAACAAGAUGGCGUUCUCCUUUCAAGCUCCAAAACACAAAUCAGCAGUCUCCCAGCCUCAGGAUGAGUGGACUGUACGAGAAAAGCUCUGCCUUGCGUCUUCUGUGUUGAGAAGUGGUGAUCAAAACUGGGUAUCUGUAAGCAGAGCUAUUAAGCCUAUCAAUGAGACAGGCCGGUGUGGAAAAAUACGUCCCCCUGAUUUCUUCUCGCAGAAGAACUGUGCUAUUUUGUACUCUCAGAUGCUGGAAAAAGUAAAUACACCAAAACGUAAACGAACCAGUGAAACAGGGGCUGGAGGUGAGUACCAUCAAGAAACACCUGGAGAACAAAUAGUGAGGAAACUAACUUUUGAAAGAAUAGAAGAACUAAAGAAGAGUGUGAAGAAUGAUCAAUUGACCUACAGAAAACUAAAGAUGCACAUAGAGGAUAUAAGAAAUGGAAAGAUUGACCAGCAGUUGCCUGCAAUAUGGGAAGAAAUACAAGCGCGAAAACGAAAAAUGGAAGAAAUGCAACAAAUGCAGUCAUCAACGUCAGGAUCAUCUGCUGGGGGUGAUAAUUCCCCCUCACCUUUCCCUCUAGGAGGGUCAUCUGGAGUUCUGUUCCCCGUUUCCCCAUCUCUUCUAUUUGGUUUGAAGCAAGGAUCUCAUGUGGCAACCCCUUCACCACAGAAAGGAAAACAGCUAAGGAUUCCUAAACCAACUCCAAGGUUUCAGAAGUACCAACAGCAGCUGCAGCAGCGUCAUGGUCAGGCAGGCCAACAUACCCCUUCAUCUGGCAGUCCUGGUGAAAUCGGAGGGACAGGAGACCCAACUAAAGGUCCAGGAGAUUUACCAAGAAUGGGCUUUGAUUCCGAACCUCUAAAAUCGGAACCAAUGGAUAUAGAUCCAGGGGCAGCGGUACAGACAGUCAGUGUUGAGAUGCCGCCAGCACCUCAGGAGACAGUCACACCUAAAGUAGGACCCGGAAUAACUAGCCCUCCUGUCCAAGUGCAACAUCGGCGUUCAUCUUCUGGGAGUAUAUCAGGAAAUGCGGAUUCACUGAAGUUGCUGUUGGCUCAGCCACCAAAGGAGUCUACAAAUGAGUCCUUACCUAAAAAGACUGAGUCUUUACCUAAAACGGGAACAGAUACUGUCCAUCCAACCCUGCCGACAACUCAGCCAAAAGACAUUGAUUAUUCAAUGUCAACAGCACCCACUGUCCAGGCAACACCAAACAAACAGCUUACAGAUGGCAAGUCUUUUUUAGGUCAAAAAUCUCCUAUGGAAAAUCACAAGGUGGAGUCCAUAAGAGAUAGAGUGACGCCUGCAGCACCUUCCAUUACAGCACCAACACUAUCGAAGCUGUUAUCAUCUACGCAGUCGCCAUCACCCAAUACUACCGCCUUGCUUAACAACUUGUCUGUUUCUAACUCAUUUAUUGAAAAGCCUCUGUCUUCAAAGGCUCUUGACAGUAACAUCACUAUUAGUUCUGACAUCUCUGGAUCAGGGAGAGGAAUGAUUUCUGUUGGUGGCAAAGAUGAAGAUAGUGGUGUUGCAGUUACAACUAUUUCUGUUAAUCCUAAAGUAGCCAUCAGUGAUACAAUCCCGUCACCAAUAGCCAUGACGCCCCCACCCAUGACUCCGCCCGCUGAGAAGAAGGAAAUCAUACCUGAACCGUUGGUAAAAAUAGUAGAACCUGCUCCACCGCAAACUGAUAAAAAAGAUAUCGAAGACAUUACUACAAAAGAGGAAACAGAAGAUAUAUCUGUGACGGGAGGAGGUGCAGACCACACCCUACAGCCUGAAAUUAAGAUUGAGAUAGUAGACACCCCACAGCCAUCGCCAAGAGUGACAGGACGAACCAGGGCACCUAAACCAGGAAGACCAGGACGUCCAAGAGGACGAAGAAGUCAGCGUCGCUCCAAAUCUGUAACAUCCACAGACAAUGAAACAGAAAUGGAAGAAGAAAAAGAAGAGGAUACCAAGUCUGAAACAAUUGAAGUAGAAUCAGAAAAAGCAAGUGAAAAAGAUGAAGAAGAUGAAGACAUGGAAUCAACCAUAAGUGAAAAGAAAGACGACAGCGAAGAAGAAGAAGAACAAGAGAGCAUAGAUGAUGGCUACUCUGAAUCUGGUGAUCGCUCUAAAGAGGAAUCAUACCUUGAUAGAUCAAGUACUGUGGGAUCAGAGUCUGUACCAGCCAGUCCAGCUUCACAGACUUCUCAAGGUGACAUGGACACAGAGUCAAUCCAAGCACAAAAAACAUGGAAGAAAUCCAUCAUGUUAGUGUGGCGUGCUGCCGCAAACCACAAGUAUGCAAAUGUGUUUCUUCAUGCCGUCACUGAUGAUGAAGCUCCUGGCUACCACAACAUUGUGUUCAGACCAAUGGACUUGACCACCAUCAAGAAAAAUAUAGAGAAUGGAACCAUUAGAACAACUAGCGAGUUCCAGAGAGACAUGAUGUUGAUGUUCCAGAAUGCCCUGAUGUACAACAGUUCUGACCAUGAUGUAUACAGGAUGGCCGAAGAAAUGAGGGAUGAUGUGAUGGAUCAGAUUCAGUCAUAUAUAGCAACACAGCUAAUGGUCCAGUCAUCUGACAGGGAUUCCACAAAGAUGCUACGAGGGCACAGGACCGAUGUUUUUCACUUUUUCCUGUGAAACACUCUUCCUUGUUUAGGAAGUAUUUUUGGCAAAGGAGUGUCCCAAGUUGGAACCAGAGUAAGAACCAGUACUCAAGAAAGACCUCACAGGAAAUGACCAAUCAUCUUGACUGUGUCAGGAAUCAAGGUUGUCGAGAUCCAAUGUAUUUGAAGCGCUCCAAUACAUACGUCGCUGUCAUGGUUGUUUGAUGUAUGAAAAUCAAUAUAUAAGGAAUUAGGCUUGUUUGGAGAUCACUCAGUAGCUGAAGAGGUACAACUGAAUGGGCUCUUGCACAUGAAGUCCACAGGGUGUCAAAGUCCAAUUGUUUGCCCCUAAGGCCUUGCAGCAUAGGACUCAUUUUACUACUCGAGUGCAAACAAUAUAACCGUGAAACUUAAAUUACUAAAUAGUACAAAAUAGUGCUAAUUAAACAACAGAAUUUGCAUAAAACUGCACUAUUUAGUAUCACUAAAGCUUCACAGUUAUAUUGUUUGGAAUCUAAAGGGUAAAGAAUAUUGCUAGCCAAUAAGAAAACGAGAUUGUAACAUACCCGUGUUCUUAGUUCCCCUCGCACUAGUGUCAAUUCAAUGUCUGUAGAGUUUUCAUUUCAAGGCAGAAAGUGCUGUAAAAUUUUAUGGUCAAUAAAACUGUCAAGUUUUAA